AUGGCUAGUUGGGAAGAAUUAAAUGAACAGGCCUUUCUUCUAAACCAUGCGAAAUACGUGGAAAAGAUGUAUGAAAAUAAUUUUGCUGAUGGAAAAACCAAACAAGCCACUUUCAAUGAAGAGCUUUUCAACAUAAACGUUCCAUACGAUCGAAGAGAGGAGAUAAACGAACAGCAUGGUGCUAAAAGACGAAAACGUGCGAAAACAAUCGGUGCUUUGGACGAAACGACACAAAAGGUUUUAGAAAACCAUUCAUCCGUCCAAUACAAAUUGGAAAGCAAUCCGAGUCCAACAUGCACCAGCAACAAGAAAGCUCUUGAAUUUGUGGAUCAGUUCAACAUCUCCACCAACUACGAUAGCGACCAAUGUUUUCGGGGCCAGAAUACUACCGACCGUACUAUCAUAACCGAAAUGAAUGGUGAAAGUUUCCUGAUACCACCCCGUGUAUCGUUUAUCAAUUCUUCCAUCGAUCGAUUUACGGAAUACAUUCAACCCGAUGAAACGUUUGACAUGAUCGUUCUUGAUCCACCGUGGUGGAACAAAUACAUUCGGCGUGUGAAAGCUGCCAACAGCAGGGCAGCCUAUCGGAUGUUAACAAAUGACGACAUAAAAACGAUCCCACUGGAAAGACACCUGCACCAAAACACAUUGGUAGUGGUUUGGUGUACCAAUGCUCCGUCCCACAUUGACGCGGUUACGAAGGAUUUUUUCCCCAAAUGGGGGGUUGAACUGGUGGGUUCCUGGUAUUGGAUAAAGAUAACUUCUUCAGGGCUACCGGUAUGCAAAUUUAACGAACCACAGCAAAAACAACCUUACGAGCGACUCUUUAUCGGGCUGCCGGCCAGUUCAACCAUGUCGAAAACGUUUCCCCGCGAACGGUUCCUUUACUCCGUGCCAAGUGCAAUACACUCUCAUAAACCACCACUUUAUGAUUUAUUCACAUCGAAAUAUUUACCACCGCAAGUUACCUGCUUAGAACUAUUCGCACGCAGCCUCUAUCCCAGCUGCACCUCGUACGGUAUGGAAGUGUUAAAAUUGCAAAACAAACGCCUGUACGAACUGGCCAUAGUGGACGAAGACGGGAAAACGGACGGACGCGUUGCAUUUGAAUAAAUAUGAUAAAAUGUACCAUCAUAGCAGCACCAAUCUACGCGCAAAGGCGUUUCCGCUAAUGGUGACCAUUAGCUUGCUCCGUUUUGUAACCGUUCGGGUUCAUCGUUUGCCAUCGCCAAAAGUC